CUCUGUCCCUUCCUUGGCCUCAUAAAAUUAACCGUCGUCACCGGAGCUCCGAUCCUCGCCAUUCGAUACUAUGUCUCUUUCCGAUGAUGAAGACGAGUGCUUCGCCCGCUUCCUCGAAUCAGAAGUCUCCUCGGUUGAGGAUGAGGAAAAAACGAAAGAACCUGAACCAAAACGACAACGUCUUAACAAAGACAAAACAAAGGCUGUAGAGAAGGAUGGAGAUCAAAAGGAAGAUGGUAGCAACAAAGAUAGAAAUGUUGUGAAGAGAAUAGAGAGUGGGGUUUUUAGCAAAGUUCCUACAGAGCUGUUUCGUCAUAUCUUCAAGUUCUUAUCCUCUGAGGAUCUUCUAUCAUGCUCUUUAGUGUGUAAAUUUCUCAACUUUGCUGCCUCUGAUGAAUCCUUAUGGCGUCGCCUGUACUGUAUCCGGUGGGGUCUAAUGCCUUCAACUAGAAUGUUACGUGAAUGUGCUUGGAAGAAGCUUUAUAUCGAUCGUGACGAGAAGGACAUGAUUGAACUUGUCAGAAGCUGUCCGACGGAUUUCAAAGAGUAUUACAUUCAAAUGCAAGCAGCUAAGCGAAGUCAAGCACCUCUUGCGGCACAGAUGGUGGAUGACCAGAUAGUUCUUGACAAAACUGUACUUGACAAAGUAUCUAUGUGGAAGAAAAGCAAAGGACUUCCCGAUAAGGCUGUUGUUGGCCAUGUUUGUUUGGGAACAAAAUGUGAUUACCAUCAGAUCGACGACGUUUUCAUAUGCCAAGAGACGGGAAAUGUUCAUGUAUGUGAUGACAACUGCAAGGAAGUAAUAUUUUGUCGGGAGAGUGGGAACAUGGUGUGUACUAUCUCAGGGCUUUGUUCUGAAAGUUUGCUCGUACAAGAUGAUUCAGACGCAGAUGAGGAAGAGGCUGAACAAGAAGCUGAAGUAUUAACAGGAAGAGGCCGUUUUGGUCGAGCUUUUGAAUUUGGAUACAACUGCGAGAGUGAGCAGGAGUUAGAUCGCUCCUUUGGGUUCUGCUGAUCAAAAGUCGCAGCCUUUUCUUUCAAUUUCAGAAUCUUUACUGUCUCAAUACCAAGUCUGCAUGUGUUCUUCACGGUAAAACAUCUGUGGAGUGCAAUGAAUCAAAAGUAGAUGAUGUUUUCUUUGUAGCCUUAAUGUUUCUUUGUAAUUUAUGCAGAUCUGUCUGUAAUUUGCUAUACAAUCGCCCUUACAUAAAUGUUUACAUGUAGUAAUUAAGUUCCA